AUGGAUUCAACCCACACUGAUCAUAGCGCCGUUGCCAGGAAGUCGAUGCAUCCCUCAGCCUCCCCCGACGCUAGCCAUGAGGGCGACAGCGCCCAAUCCUCCCCUAAUCACUACUCCUCGCGUCAAUCGAUCGAUAUGGUAGCGUUACAGGCGAAAUUGCGCACCGUCUCUUCUGACUCGAUACGGCGUUCUCACUUCCCGCUCCACUGGUCCGUCGAGAACGAACUCGACGCCGUCACCAUCUCCUCCAUCCGUUCCGCACAUGCCAUCGACCCUUCGGCCCUCCACCAAAAAGACGGGGCAAACAGCACUCUUCUACAUCUCGCCGCUUCCAGAGCUCGCCUCGAUGUUCUUUCAGAACUGCUCGCGUUGGGAGGCACACAAGACUUGGACGAAACUGACAGCUGGGAUAGAUCGCCGCUUGGGGCUCUGGUAUGUCUUAUGAGAGCCGCGAGGGAGUUCAUCGAGAGGGCUGGGGUACCAUUUGAGGGACACGACGAGGUGAUGUGCAAGUCCAAACUGGUGAUGUUGAAAGUCAUGGGAUCGAGUUUGCUGGAAGGCUCCUCGGAUGAGGAAUAUCUCAAGAAGAUCAAGUGGGGGUGUACAUGCAACAACUGCAUCGACGGGUGGUUGAGUCCGGCUAUGCUGUUCCGUCUCCAAGCUCGUGCCGCCGGAACAUACGACGAACUCGUUAUGGGGCUCGACAUGUACAACCUCAUCUAUCCUUCACCCAUGGGCAGCCCUCGACCUAUCACCGACUUCGCACUUUUCUGCAUGGUUGGAUACCUCCCUCUCUCAGAUCGCUCUGCACCAGUCUACGCCACCUUCAUCGAGGGAUACGCCCUGUGCUUCAAGAUCGUCGGUAUUAUUCUGGCACGCAAGGAAGUACCGACGGUUCAGAAGAUGAUGGAAGAAAUGCAGACUUCUUGUGGCGGACAGAUCGAGUUCUUGGAGGGGAGGAGUAUUUUGACCUUUUUGGAGAAGGGAGGAUGUGCUGAAUACGUAUUGAAUGCGGUUAUUCAUCGGUCUUGGGAAGAGGGCCCGGGCGGCGAUGCCUCCUUCGAUGAACUCUUCGAGGACGACUUUGAAUUUUUGAACUUGCCGGAGUUUGCAAAUAACGACGCGCAUGACGUUGUUCGUCUUCACGUAGGGCUUGGGGCAGAGUACAAUGGGCCGUACGACUAUUAUCUUCCGGGGUUGAUUGGAGGGGCACGUCGUCAGAGUGGCGACGAGGACAAUAGCUUGGAGAGUGAAGAGGACGAAGAAGAAGACUGGGACCCGUAUGCAUGA